AUGCCGUCAAAGCGCAUCCUGAAACGAUGGCAAAGUGAGGCGACGCGCCGUCGCCGUGCUGCCUUGGCAAAGUACCGUCAGGGCCUGAACGGCAAAUGGGAGUCGAAUGCCAAGAAGGCUUUGGCAAAAAGAGUUAAGCAGAAGAGUCUGCGCAUUGGUCCAUUGCUUGCACGCUGCAAGGCUGCGCAAGAUGCCUCUCUAGAAAGGAACCUGGCAAAGGCCCACAAGCUGGUCAAGGUGCUCCAAGAAGCGGACCAGGACGUGCUUUCACAGUUGGUGCCGCAACUAGAGUCGCUCCCAGUGACGGCUGCUCUUCUGCGAAGGACACUGAUUCCGAAAUUUCUGCGCGAGACGGCAUGCAAGUUUCCCAGCAUCAAGAGCAAGGUGACCCCCAUCAUACAGAAGUGGCGCGAGAUCUACGUGAAGGACAGAGCAAGGCAGAUUGGGCAGAAGAAGGAGGCCUUCAAGAGGAGCAGGAAAGGGACGCCAGCGACGAGCCAGUCAAGGCCCGAUUUGCCGCUGGAGCCGGAGCCCACGCAGCCCACGGAGCCUGCAGAUGACUAA